CCGUGCGUUAAGAGGCCUCUGUGAAUGAGAAAAGUCUUGUUCUAUGGCCUCAGAGCUGGGUGCAAGAGAAGAUGGCAACUGCUCAGAGCUGGCAACACCUCUCUAUCUUCAGUAUCUGGAGAAAGCUCUGCAACUGGACCACUUUCUGCGGCAGACCUCCACCAUCUUCAAUAGGAGUGUGUCCAGUGAUGAAAGUGAAGAUGGACUGGAUGACAAUCCUUUGCUGCCUCAGCCUGGGGGUCCCUUGAUGCAAGUUAAAGAAGAGCCUGCAAGUUCAUUGCUCGGGGAGUCUUCUGGAGCAGGAAGUUCUGGAAUGAUGAACACACAUUCACUCAAUGGAGUGUUGCAGUCUGAGCCAAAAACAGAAAAAGGGAGUCUCUAUAAUUUUUCCAAAUUGAAGAAAAGUAGGAAAUGGCUGAAGAGUAUUCUCCUGAGUGAUGACUCCAGUGAUAGUGAGUCAGCAACAGAUGAGGAUGGAGAAGAAGGGGAGGAACUUUCUCUUUCCAGGGAAGAACUUCACAACAUGCUGCGAUUGCACAAGUACAAGAAACUGCAUCAAAGUAAAUACAACAAAGAUAAAGAGUUACACCAGUACCAGUAUUACAGUGCGGGUUUGCUUUCCACACAUGAUCCUUACUAUGAGCAACAGCGUCAUCUCAUAGGACCCAAGAAAAAGAAGUUCAAAGAUGAAAAGAAAUUAAAAGCCAAGUUGAAAAAGGUGAAAAAAAAGAAAAGACGGGAUGAAGAACUCUCCUCUGAGGAAUCUCCACGGCGUCAUCACCAUCAGACUAGAGUUUUUGCCAAGUUUUCUCAUGAUACUCCUCCACCAGGAUCCAAGAAAAAGCAUCUAUCCAUUGAACAAUUAAAUGCUCGCAGGCGGAAAGUGUGGCUCACCAUUGCUAAAAAAGAGCUGCCAAAGGCAUACAAGCAAAAAGUGUCAGCCAGAAACCUAUUCCUAAGUAACAGCAGAAAGCUGGCUCACCAGUGUAUGAGAGAGGUUCGUCGAGCAGCUAUCCAAGCCCAAAAGAACUGUAAGGAAACUCUGCCACGGGCACGACGGCUUACCAAGGAGAUGCUUCUUUACUGGAAGAAAUAUGAAAAAGUAGAGAAAGAACACCGCAAAAGAGCAGAGAAGGAGGCACUGGAGCAACGCAAGCUGGAUGAGGAGAUGAGAGAGGCUAAGAGACAGCAGAGGAAACUUAACUUCCUGAUCACACAAACUGAACUGUAUGCCCACUUCAUGAGCCGCAAACGAGAUAUGGGACAUGAUGGGAUCCAGGAGGAAAUCUUAAGGAAACUUGAAGACAGUUCUGUCCAGAGGCAAAUUGAUAUUGGUGGAGGUGUUGUGGUCAACAUCACACAGGAGGAUUAUGAUAGUAACUACUAUAAGGUUCAGGCUCUGAAGAAUGCAGAAGAUGCUUAUCGGAUUCAUCAGGCCCAGACCAGGUCAUUUGAUGAAGAUGCUAAAGAGAGCCGGGCAGCAGCUCUUCGGGCUGCCAACAAAUCUGGCACUGGAUUUGGAGAGAGCUACAGCCUUGCAAAUCCAUCUAUCCGAGCUGGAGAGGACAUUCCACAGCCUACGAUUUUUAAUGGUAAACUGAAAGGUUACCAGUUGAAAGGCAUGAACUGGCUGGCCAACCUUUAUGAGCAGGGCAUCAAUGGAAUCCUGGCAGAUGAAAUGGGCCUGGGUAAAACAGUGCAGAGUAUUGCCUUGCUAGCACAUCUAGCUGAGAGAGAAAACAUCUGGGGACCCUUUCUCAUUAUUUCACCGGCUUCCACUCUGAACAAUUGGCAUCAGGAGUUUGCCAGAUUUGUUCCUCGAUUUAAGGUGCUACCUUACUGGGGAAAUCCCCAUGAACGAAAAGUGAUCAGGAAAUUCUGGAGUCAGAAGACUUUGUAUACUCAGGAUGCUCCUUUCCAUGUGGUGAUCACCAGUUAUCAGCUUGUAGUCCAAGAUGUAAAGUAUUUUCAGCGGGUUAAGUGGCAAUAUAUGGUGCUGGAUGAAGCACAGGCGCUCAAGAGUAGCUCCAGUGUCCGUUGGAAAAUUUUACUUCAAUUCCAGUGCCGAAAUCGAUUGUUGCUGACUGGGACACCUAUCCAAAACACCAUGGCUGAGCUCUGGGCUUUGCUUCAUUUCAUUAUGCCAACAUUGUUUGACUCUCAUGAGGAAUUCAACGAGUGGUUUUCUAAAGAUAUUGAAAGCCAUGCAGAAAAUAAAUCUGCCAUUGAUGAGAAUCAGCUAUCCCGUUUGCACAUGAUCCUGAAGCCUUUCAUGUUGAGGAGAAUCAAGAAAGAUGUGGAGAAUGAGCUAUCAGACAAGAUUGAAAUUCUUAUGUAUUGCCAGCAGACCAGUCGACAAAAAUUAUUGUACCAAGCUCUGAAGAACAAAAUUUCUAUUGAUGACCUUUUGCAGUCCUCCAUGGGCACAACCCAGCAAGCACAGAAUACUACCAGUAGCCUCAUGAACCUUGUCAUGCAGUUCAGAAAGGUAUGCAAUCAUCCAGAGCUCUUUGAAAGACAAGAAACAUGGUCUCCAUUUCACAUUUCGCUAAAGCCAUACCAGAUUUCAAAAUUUCUUUACCGUCAUGGGCAGAUCAGGGUGUUUAACCACUCACGGGACAGGUGGUUGCAGCUUUUACUUUCGCCUUUUGCUCCAGACCACAUCCAGCAGUCUCUCUUCCAUAGGAAGGGUACUGAAAAAGAAAGUUGUUUCUCUUUCCUACGGUUUAUUGAUGUUUCUCCAGCAGAGAUGGCAAACCUCAUGCAUCAGGGACAUCUAGCUCGAUGGUUAGCUCUUUUCCUGUCUCUGAAAGCUACUUACAGGCUCCACCACAGGCGCUUCUGGAGAGAGCCAGAAGAGGAUCACCAGCAAAAGUCUCGGUGUCUGAACAACAAAGAUUUCUUGCUGGAAAUCAAUUUCCCACUCUCCUUUCCCAACACGCACAGCUGCACUUUGCUGCAAAACCUUGUGUUCACGAACCACUGUAAAGCAGUAAUUGGCUAUUCCGAUUACAUCGUUCAUCAACGAUCAGCUACCUCAUGGAAACAGUGUUGUCAAAUCACAGAGCUGCCAUCCUUCCUGUGUGUAGUAAGCCCAAAGGUAACAGCUGUGCCGCUGGACUUCUACUGCAAUGAUCGGAGUGCAGAGUAUGAGCGCAGGGCACUUAAAGAUGGGGGAAGCCUCGAAGUAAAGCAAUGUAUAUUGCAUGGUGCACCUGAACUAGCAACUGGUUGGCUUAAAAGAUGCUCUCAGUUCUUCCCAGAAUAUCCAGGAGGAUUGUUGGGGAUCAGGCCUCAAAAUGGCUGGUCAUUCAUCAGGAUACCAGACAAAGAGAGCCUGAUCACAGACAGCGGAAAGCUUUAUGCCCUUGAUGUUCUGUUGACAAGAUUAAAAUCUCAAGGACACAGAGUCCUUAUCUACUCGCAGAUGACACGGAUGAUUGACUUGUUGGAGGAAUACAUGGUUUACAGGAAACAUACAUACAUGCGGCUAGAUGGCUCAUCAAAAAUCUCAGAGAGAAGGGAUAUGGUUGCUGACUUUCAGAACAGGAAUGAUAUCUUUGUCUUCUUGUUAAGCACAAGAGCUGGUGGCUUAGGUAUUAACCUUACAGCUGCUGAUACAGUAAUUUUCUACGAUAGUGACUGGAAUCCAACAGUGGAUCAGCAGGCCAUGGAUCGUGCUCACAGGCUGGGUCAGACAAAACAGGUCACUGUGUAUCGAUUGAUUUGUAAAGGCACCAUCGAGGAGCGCAUCUUGCAGAGGGCCAAGGAGAAAAGUGAGAUUCAAAGGAUGGUGAUUUCAGGUGGCAAUUUCAAACCAGACACGCUGAAACCCAAGGAGGUGGUUAGUCUGCUGCUUGAUGAUGAAGAGCUUGAGAAAAAAUUGCGCCAGCGACAGGAGGAGAAGCGGCAGCAAGAGGAGACAAAUCGUGUGAAAGAACGUAAACGAAAGAGGGAAAAAUAUGCUGAAAAGAAGAAAAAAGAAGAUGAGUUGGAUGGGAAAAAAAGGAAAGAAGGCAUGAAUCUAGUGAUCCCGUUUGUUCCCUCUGCAGAUAACUCUAACCUCUCAGCUGAUGGAGAUGAGUCAUUUGUUAGUGUAGACUCUGCCAUGCCUAGCCCUUUUAGUGAGAUCUCCAUCAGCAGUGAAUUGCACAUGGGCUCCAUCCCUCCUGAUGAGAGCAGCAAUGACAUGCUGGUGAUCGUAGAUGAUCCAGCAUCUUCAGCACCUCAGUCAAGAGCCACCAACUCUCCUGCUUCCAUCACUGGCUCAGUCUCUGACAACAUGAAUGGAAUUUCCAUACAGGAUAUGCCGGUCACAGGAAGAGGUCAUUCUGGUAGAAGCCGAGGUCGCCCCAAAGGUUCAAACAGUGGAUCAAAAAGCACAGGAAAAGGCAGGAGCCGGAAAUCGACAGCAGGAAGUGCAGCUGCCAUGGCAGGUGCUAAAGCAGGGGCAGCGGCUGCCUCUGCCGCAGCGUACGCAGCGUAUGGAUACAGUGUGUCUAAAGGUAUGUCUUCAGGCAGCCCGCUGCAGAUGCCACUUAUCCGACCUUCUGGACUUGCAGACUUUGGACCAUCAAGCGCCUCUUCUCCCUUGAGCAAAGGAAACAGUGUCUGUGGAACCUCCAAAACUUUAAACCUGACAAGUUCCUUGGCACCAGAAACCCCUGUCCGAAAACAGUACAAAGGAGCCCACACCUCAGGUGGGCGAUAGUAAUUUUGAAUCCCUGGAACCUACCUGUAUCCAUAUCGGCUUUCUAAGCAGUCCACUCCAACCAGCAAAAAGGGUAUACAGAUGAUGCCUUGUUUUCAUCCCAUAUGUGGGUAUGAUAAGAUGAUAACUGCACUAAUGUGGCGAGAGGUGUUCUGUGUGCGCUGUCAUGUGUAGCCCAGUUUUUAGUACCUUUGCAAAUUUGGGAGGAGGAGGGACAUAGCCUUAGGGUGCUUGUGUUUAACUUUUUCCAUUAAGUUUUUUCUGGCACCCUAGAAAUCAUGUGGGAUUUGGCCUCCAUGUGAGACUAGCUGCAAGUCUCCCCCUUUGUGUUCAC